ACCAGUGGCUCCUCCCAGUGGCCAGAAACUGUCAGUACAGGAAGGAGGUGCGGCAAACUAUUGGGUAGGAGAGGUCAUUACCGUGUUCACCACAGGGCCUGAGACAGAAAGCGGUUCUCCUUCCAUGCCAGACAAACGCGUACUUUUCAAAACACCAUGAACAGGCCAAUCGUGCCGUUGACCUUCUGGUAAAAUUACUGAAAAUGCUCCAUGCAUGUUACACUGUGCUAGAAGAUGGCGGAGUCGGAUGGCGGGGAUUUUGCUUCGAAAAAUCCACAGAGCAGUAUGGCUAACAAGAAUAGCACCCUGCGCUGUACAUUCUCAGCCUCAAGCCACAGUACCACCCUCCUCCAGGGCUUGUCGGUCUUGCGUGCUCAGGGCCAGCUACUUGACGUUGUGCUGGCGAUCAAUGAGGAGCGCUUCCAGGUCCACAGAGCUGUGCUGGCCGCUUGUAGUGAUUACUUCAGAGCAAUGUUUACUGGAGGCAUGAGGGAGUCGAAUCAAGAUACCAUUGAGCUGAAGGGUCUGUCCGCCCGUGGGCUGAAACAUAUUAUUGACUUUGCCUACAGUGCAGAAGUCACUUUAGACCUGGACUGUAUUCAGGAUGUCCUUGGGGCAGCUGUGUUUCUCCAGAUGGUCCCAGUCAUGGAGCUGUGCGAGGAGUUCCUCAAGUCAGCGAUGAGCGUGGAGACCUGCCUGCACAUCGGCCAGAUGGCCACUACCUUCAGCCUGUCUUCCCUCAAAGAGUCGGUGGAUGCCUUCACCUUCCGCCACUUCCUCCAAAUUGCAGAGGAGGAGGACUUUCUGCACAUUCCCAUGGAGCGCCUCAUCUUCUUCCUGCAGAGCAACAAACUGAAGAACUGUAGCGAGAUCGACCUCUUCCAUGCUGCCAUCAGGUGGCUCCAGUAUGACGAGUCUCGCCGGGCUCAAGCCAGCAGUGUCCUCUGCCAUGUGCGCUUCCCCCUCAUGCGUUCCUCUGAGCUGGUGGACAGUGUUCAGACGGUGGACAUCAUGGUGGAGGAUGUGCUGUGCCGCCAGUAUCUCCUCGAGGCCUUCAAUUACCAGAUUCUUCCCUUCCGACAACAUGAGAUGCAGUCUUCACGGACACUCGUACGUUCGGACGUCCUGUCAGUCAUCACCUUUGGCGGGACACCCUACACUGACAACGACCGCACAGUGAGCACCAAGGUGUACCAUCUCCCUGACAUCACUUCCCGCCAGUUCAAAGAGCUGACAGAGAUGGAGAUGGGGUGCAGCCAUGCUUGCGUUGCCGUACUUGAUAACUUUGUGUACAUCGUUGGUGGACAGCACUUACAGUACCGCAGCGGUGAGGGGGCGGUAGACAGCUGCUUUCGCUACGACCCACAUCUGAGCCAGUGGCUGCGCAUCCAACCUUUGCAGGAGGCUCGUAUCCAGUUUCAGCUCAACGUGGUGAAUGGACAGCUGUAUGCCACCGGAGGGCGCAAUCGAUCUGGCAGUCUGUCAUCUGUAGAGUGUUACUGCCCAAAGAAGAACGAGUGGACUAAUGUGGAACCAUUAAAACGCAGGAUUUGGGGACAUGCAGGGACUCCCUGUGGAGAAAAGCUGUACAUCUCAGGGGGUUAUGGCGUCUCGUUGGACGACAAGAAAACUCUUCACUGCUACGACCCAGCAUCAGACCAGUGGGACUUCAGAGCUCCCAUGAAUGAACCCAGAGUGUUGCAUGCCAUGAUCAGCACCAAGGAUCGGGUUUAUGCUCUGGGCGGUCGCAUGGAUCAUGUGGACCGUUGUUUUGAUGUGCUUGCGGUCGAGUACUACAUUCCAGAGAACGACCAGUGGACCACCGUCAGUCCCAUGAGAGCAGGGCAGUCUGAGGCGGGCUGCUGUUUACUGGACAGCAAGAUCUACAUCGUCGGCGGCUACAACUGGCACCUAAACAAUGUCACAAGCAUCGUGCAGGUGUACAACACAGAGACAGAAGAGUGGGAGAGGGAUUUGCACUUCCCAGAAUCCUUUGCUGGCAUCGCUUGCACACCGAUUAUUAUUGCACAAAACACCACAACGCGAACCAUCUGACCUUUGACUGUGAAGAUUUAUUCCAUGUGCUCUUUCUGCCGACCAUUGAGGUGUGUGUGUGUGUGUGUGUGUGUGUGUGUGUGUGUGUGUGUGUGUGUGUGUGUGUGUGUGUGUGUGUGUGUGUGUGUGUGUGUGUGUGUGUGUGUGUGUGUGUUGAGGGAAUGGCCUACACCUAAGCAGCAUUACUCAGAUUUGUGUAUUAUUUUAUAUCCUUGCAUCCUUAUAUCCUGUUUUGGCCAAUAUGUGUUUAACCCACAGAUUGAAUUUUAUGAUUAAUUGAUUGGUAAUAUUAUCUCCAAAUGAACUGUAAAGAUAUAGUUCUCUUCCAGAAUAGCAUUACCUUAAUGUAUAAUAAUCAAUAAUAUAAAAUAAUCAUAAUUCAGUCUGUAAAAGUGUUAUAGUUUGAUCAAUGAAGGGCUGAAGUUACUGACAGCACAAAUUGUCUCAUGUUUGAAUGAAAGUUAAAUUUGGUUUGCAAAGGUAUUAACAGACUUAACUUUUUAUUAUGUUAGACAUUAUGAUUGUACAGUUGUAAAAGCUUUAUUUGUGUGCUUCUGUUUGUGUUCUUUUGUAUUUGUUUAUUAUUCAAACAACCAAGAUAACUCAAAAUCUCACUGUUGUAUGUCUCCUCAAAUGCACUAAUCAACAAACCACAAUGCACAGUAAUGAUUGCAGAAAUGAGCAUGAGUAGUGUGGAAUCACAUAUUUCAUGUGGGUGUUAUUGUUUUUUUAUUGCUACUACCCUGACACACUAUUGUUCUCUCAGUCAACAUAACAAACCAGUAUGGACCUUCUAAGGCAGCUACAUAAUCUUUCAUGUGUCAGUUGUAAUGUCAGUAAAUGUGUGCUGCUCUUUAUGUGCUAUAUCUUGUGUACUACACAUGCUUUGUCCUUUGACUAACACAAUAAGGGGGUCACAGGUGAUAUUUAAUAAAUGCAGAUGUAAUAUGUAAACUAUUCUCAAAAGAUCAAAUAUCCCCAGAAAAACUACUUAAAUGAUCCAUUUGCCACGUUUGAUACGGCUCAUGUUUUUAUUUUGACUGCAUUGCUGCACUUUUCAAAGCAGUAUUUAUCUAAUUCUGCUGCUGAAGUUAUCGAUGUACUUAAUAUGUGCAUAAGGAAGAAGCAAGCUUAGAGUUCUUGCUUUUCCUUUUUCAAUGUGAUCAUCUACAUGAUGGUGAGGAGUGUCCAUUGCAAAACAUGUUUCUCCUGUUGCCUUAGCAUGUGUAUAUGUCUUCUGUUACCUGUACCAGUAAAAGCACAUGAUAUUGUUGAAGUGCAAUACAAGGAAUCUCCUCUUGUCAAAGGGGAAUGUAGACAUUUGUGAAGCUUUAUGUGCAUCAUUUUAUUAAAGGUGUAUCAUGUUUUAAAAAUA